AUGUGGGCCGUUGACAGCGGGGCAACACAUCACAUCUGCCACGACAAGUUCAAGUUUGCAAGUUUGGUCGAAGGCAAUGAUGGCGAGAUCCUGGUGGCUGAUGGCAACAAGGCGGCCAUCAAAGGUGUGGGGACCAUCGUGGAAAAGGUGAUUCUGCCAAACGGGGAAGAGCGCGAGAUCGAGAUCAAGAACGCGCUCUAUGUGCCCAGCAUGAGCAAAAAUCUGCUCUCGGUGCCGCAGAUUAACAAGCACGGCAACUUCCAAGUGGUUUUUGACGGGGAUACGAUGUACGUCGCUCGCAAGGAUUCCAAUCAAGUGGUGGCAGCUGCGGAUCUUGUAGACGGACUCUACUGGCUUCGCACGACGCAGCGAUCGGCCAAUGCGACAUCACUCAGCAACGCUGUUGAUCUACAUGCGCGAAUGGGCCAUGCUCCAGUCGACGUGCUUCGCAGGAUGGUGACAAGCCACAUGAUCAAGGACGCUCACAUCCCUUCCAAGCCGAAUGGAUCAAGUGUGUGUCGAGGAUGCCAAGAAGGGAAGAUGGUCCAAAAACCAUUCCCGAGCAACCGUGACAAGCGCACCUACAACACCUUCGAGAUGCUCCACUUCGACAUCUGCGGACCCAUGGAAGAAAAAUCUCUGGGUGGCAGCAAGUAUCUGCUGCUGAUCGUGGAUGAAGCCAGCGGAUGCAUGAAGGGUUUUUGUCUGCAUUCCAAGUCAGAGAGCGAAGAGUGCAUCAAGAAGUACAUCACGAUGAUACAGACGCAGUUCAACAAGAAGGUCAAAUUUGUGCGACACGAUGGAGCCCGCGAGUUUGCGACGAACUCGCUUCAAGAUUUCUACGAAGUCGAAGGCAUCGAGCAACAAACCACGGUGCCAUACGCACAUCAAGCCAAUGGAACUGCUGAACGCGCGAUUCGAACUAUCGUCACCAUCGGUCGUAUCAUGCUCCAUCAUGCCAAGUUGGACAAGUGCUUCUGGGCUGAAGCGGCAAUGACGGCCGUCUAUGUGAAGAACCGUUUGCCGUCACCCAAGAUUCCACACAAGACACCGUUCGAGAUUGUCUACAAUUCUAAGCCAAGUGUCAAGCACAUGCACGUUUUUGGGUGCCAAGCAUACAUCUUGACCCCGAAGGAGAAACGACUCAAGUGGGAUCCCAAAGCCCGGGCUGGAUUGUUUUUGGGCUACGAAGAAGUGUCCAAGGCGUAUCGAGUUUACGACAUCGAAGCGGGGCAGGUGAUGAUAAGUCGCGAUGUCAACUUCGAUGAGUCGGCCUUUGGAAUGUCGAUGCUGAUUUCCGAUGACGAUGUUGAUGGCCUGGACUUCGAAUCGAUCGAUCUUGAUGAUGAAGAACCGCGUCCGAGACACUUCAAACAAACAGGAAAGCGCAAGGCCCAACCCAGUCACGACAAUGACGACGCAAGCAUGCCCCGAGCAGUGCGCCAACGACCCGGAUUGGAAGAGUCAAGUGCGCCGGAUGACCUCUCUUCACGUCGAGCCAACGAAGAUGAAGAAAGGAAGUCGGAGGAACAACAUGACACACCGACUUCCUCCGCGUUUUGGCAUGCGAGUGCAAACGCCGUCGAAGCAGCGGUCGAUUUUUCGGAGCCGUCGACAUUUGAAGAAGCAGUGUCUGGCCCGGACCAAGUACACUGGCGCAAGGCAAUUGAUGCGGAGCUCGAUUCGAUGAAGCUUCGCGGUGUCUUUCGUGCGGCCAAGUUACCCAACGGACAACGCGCCAUUGGCACAAAGUGGGUCUUCAAGAUCAAGCGCAAGGCGGAUGGGUCGAUCGAGAAAUACAAGGCACGACUUGUGGCCAAGGGUUUUCGCCAAAAGUAUGGCAUCGACUACACGGAGACGUUCUCGCCCGUGGUCAAGUAUGUGACGCUGCGAAUGGUCAUCGCCAUUACCAAGCACUUUGGAUGGCCCCUCGACCAGCUCGAUGUGGUGACUGCGUUCCUGUUAGGAGUGAUGAAGGAGAAGGUGUUCUGCGCUGUUCCGGAAGGCGUCAAGAUGGAAGGUGAUUUCGACUGUCUCGAGAUGAUCAAGGCGAUCUACGGUCUCAAGCAAGCCUCGCGUGUUUGGAACGAGACCUUCGACGAGUUCAUACGCUCGAUUGGUUUUCAAGCGUCGGGAUUCGAUCCAUGUCUCUACAUCAUGACUUCGGAAGGCCAUUGUGUUUUUGUGCUGGUCUACGUGGACGAUGUCUUGGUGACUGGAAGCUCGCUCGAGAUGAUUGCGCGCACCAAGAACGACCUCAAGACACGCUUCGAGAUGACGGACAGCGGCAAGUGUGCCUUUGUUCUUGGGAUCGAGUUAUUGGACGGUGAAGAUGGCAGCGUGACUAUGUGUCAGCGCCGUUAUGUCGACGAUGUCCUCAAGCGCUUUGGAAUGGAUGAGUGCAAGGCUGUGGCAAGUCCGGUGGACGUCAGCUCUCGACUGGUUCCAAGCAACUCUGCAAGCAAGGUGGAUGUCCCAUUCCGUGAAGCAGUGGGUGCUUUGAUGCAUCUGACGACUGCAACGCGACCGGACAUCGCCUAUGCUCGCAUCUUCCGCUACCUACAAGGCACCAAGAUGCAUGGAAUCUGCUACAAGCCAAGUGCGAAGAUCGACUUUCGUGGCUAUUCAGAUGCAGACUGGGCCGGUGACCUUGCUGAUCGCAAAUCGACGUCCGGCUACGUCUUCAUGCUAUUGGGUGCUCCGGUGAGUUGGGGCAGCAAGAAACAGCCAAGUGUGUCACUGUCUACAAGCGAAGCGGAGUACAUCGCGCUCAGCCUGGCGAUCCAAGAAGGCAAGUGGAUCAAUCGCUUGCUGUGCGAGAUCAUGGCGGCUGCAAACGAAGAAGGACCCGAGCUCUUCAUCCGUGAAGACAACCAGUCGUGCAUCAAGAUGACGAAGAAUCCGGUCAACCACGGCCGCGCUAAACACAUCGACAUCAAGUACCAUCACAUCCGUGAUGAAGUCAAGCGCGGCGAAGUGAAGCUUGAAUACUGCGAGACGACGUUGAUGUUGGCGGACAUCAUGACGAAGGGACUUCACGGACCGCGUCACAAGGACUUGACGGCGGCGCUUGGCAUCCGUGCGUGUUCGGAUUGA